UCGCUCUCCUUGUCCCCUGAAAUCUGGCGAGACCAGGAUGGACGUCCGCACUUCCGCCGCACCCAGAGGUGUGCAAGCGCCCGACAACCUUCUGUACGUUUUCGUCAUAAGCCGGCACGGCCAGAGGACGCCCAUCAUGUGUUGCAAGAACCUACCAAAGAACGUCCCCGAAGGUCACGGCCAACUCACCAAGGCAGGCCACGAGCAGGCCUUCAAACUGGGCCAGCUCUUGCGGGCCCGAUACAAGGGAUUCUUGGAGGCCGACGAGCCCGAUCAACUGCUGGCGACCCACAUACGCUUACAACGGUGUCGCGAGAGCCUGGUCGAGACCCUAACGGGCCUUGCCGUUCCCACAGCGACGCCGCCCGAGGUCGAUCCGACGCGCUAUGACCUGCUGUUUCAGGCGAGCGUGAUCGAGAACAUCGACGCAGUGCUGCAAGCGCCCGGUCGAGGCGACUUCCUGUCCAUGGGACAGCUUCUCGCUUUCAUCGCGGAGAAGGCGGGGGCGCCUACGCGCCAGAAGAGGGAGAAGUUUCUGGUCAUGGACAGCCUGAUGACGUACGUGUCCAUCGGAAACCCGAUCCCCGCCUGGGCGGAGCCCAUUUGGAACGACCUGAUCGCUGCGGAUCGCAAGAUGUUCGGCUUGGUGCUUUCGGGCAACGAGCUCUGGUACGCCGCCAACGUGCUCGGCCGAGUCGAGGAGACGCUCUCGCAGAAGUUUGAGAAGGGAGUCCAGCGUCCCGACAGGAUGCACGCCUUCUCCAUGUCGGACUCGAGCGUCUACUCGACGCUCAAGCUGCUCAACGACUCUUACGACGACCACCCUCGUUUCUGCGCCAGCGUCGUUUUCGAGGUGUUCGAGGACAGCUCGAAAGUGAAGCGCGUGCAGGUUCUUUCCACGGGGCCUGAGGAGGACCCGAAGUUGGUGGCGAUGGAUAAAUUGAAGAACCCAUGCGAGUUGAAAGAGUUCCUCGACUUCCUUCGCGCCAUCCUAAAGACUUAAGCGGGUAAGGUGUCAAGCCGACACAAUUUGAAUUGUGUACACUUUGUGCCAGUCGCGCUACUUAUGCUGGGCCUCCUGCAAUUAUGCCUCCAUGACA